AAAAGAGCAACAUUUUAUUCCAAACUUUAUCUUCACUCCCCAUCUCCAUCCCAAGUACAGAUCCUCCUCAAUCCCUCUCUACCCUUUCCACCACCUUUCACGGCAAGUACCAAGUCGUCCGCCCCGACGGAUCCCCGUCGCUAUCCCGGCUUCGCUAAUCUCGCCACCGUCUCCGACACGUACAGACUUCGCCAAUCCCUUUCCAUCGCUCGCACCUAAAGAAACGCGGCCAAGAAAAUCUACAAACCCCACCCCCAUCCCCCAUCUCCCACCAAACUUUCACUGCAUCGCCCCCUGGUUCGCUCGCCGAGACAUAAGUAGAGAGGUUCAGCUUAUCCCCUCUCAGCUCCUCCCCCAGCCCAGAAGGAAAGAGAAGGAAGGGUUCUUGAUCUUCCGUUUCCCGACCGACCCGUCUCCGGAAUCGCCGUCCUUCGAUCCUCCCGCCACCGGGAACAGAGGAAAGGAAGGAUUUUGCUCGUGCCCGUCGCGCCGCAUCGCGGUUUCCGUUGGUGGGUACGCGCGUUUCUGUGUGCGCGCGGGUGUGAGGGGGAGGGAGGGAGGGUGGAGGGGAUUGGAGUGGAAUUGGGUUGGCGGCGGCAGAUGAAGAGGCUGAAGAGCUAUUACAUGCACCUGCGGCACCCGCAGACGAUGGAGCGGCGGUGGAUCUUCCCCCUCGCCAUCGGGUCGAUCGUCUCCCUCUUCUUGCUCUUCCUCACCACGCUGACCUCGCCGGGGGUCCCGCUGUUCCCCUUCUACCGGUCCUCCUCCGCGUCGAGCUCCCCCUUCGUCGAAUCAAGUCCACCGCUCCCCGUCUCCGCCGUCCCGCCGCCGCCCCGCUUCGCGUACUUGAUCUCCGGCUCGACCGGGGACGGGUCGAUGCUGAGGCGGACGCUGAUGGCCCUGUACCACCCGCGAAACCAGUACGUCGUCCACUUGGACCUCGAGUGCAAGCCGGAGGAGAGGUUGGAUCUGCAGCGUUUCGUGGAGGCGCACCCCAUAUUUGUGAAAUUUAAGAACGUGAGGAUGAUCACCAAGGCCAAUCUCGUCACCUACAGAGGGCCGACGAUGGUGGCUAACACACUCCAUGCUGCUGCUAUCUUGUUGAGGGAAGGUGGGGAUUGGGAUUGGUUCAUCAAUCUCAGUGCUUCGGAUUACCCACUCGUCUCUCAAGAUGAUCUGCUGCAUACGUUUUCGUACCUGCCGAGAGAUCUUAACUUCAUUGAUCACACUAGCAACAUUGGAUGGAAAGAGUGAGUUCCAAGGGCGAAGCCAAUUAUUAUAGAUCCGGGUUUGUACAUGACGAAGAAAGCUGAUGUUUUCUGGGUUACGCAGAGGAGAAGUGUGCCGACGGCCUUUAAGCUCUUUACAGGGUCUGCUUGGAUGGCUCUGACCCGACCCUUCAUUGAUUACUGCAUAUGGGGAUGGGACAACCUACCUCGUACUGUUCUCAUGUACUAUGCCAACUUCAUAUCGUCAGAAGGCUAUUUUCACACUGUGAUCUGCAAUGCGCAAGAGUUCCGUAACACCACUGUGAACAGCGAUCUCCACUUCAUAUCGUGGGACAAUCCUCCAAAGCAGCAUCCCCAUUAUCUCAACCAUUUGGAUAUGCAGAGGAUGAUCAAUAGCAAUGCUCCUUUUGCCAGGAAGUUCCCCCGGAAUGAUCCAGUGCUCGAUAAGAUCGAUUCCGAGCUGUUGUCUCGCGGGCCUGACAUGCUCGUUCCCGGUGGUUGGUGCAUUGGGAGCAGGGAGAAUGGGAGUGAUCCAUGCUCUGUUGCUGGAGCCACGGUUCUCCGGCCAACCUCAGGAGCAAAGAGGAUUGAGAAGCUGAUCAGCACUCUGUUAUCAAAUGAGAAAUUUCGACCUAGACAGUGCAAGUAGCAAGAAAUGACAACUUAUGCAGUGAUCAUUCAAAUUGGGCUUAAGACGAUUCAAAAGGGAACAAAAUUCAGAAGGUCAGGAACAGGUGAUUGAUUAUAUUUCAUUGGCGGGUGGAAGCUUUGGAUUACAAGGUAUAUGCGGUGGGUAUUACAGAUAUAAAUUCAGUUGUUGGUUAGGAUGCAUGGGAUUUACUUCGCAAUGCUUCUGCUGGAAACUCAACAGACUAACCGUCUUUCGACCAUGUAGCCCAUUUUACCAUUUUGCUUCUCGUUUUGAAAUUGCAUUUACUGCGAUCUGUUUCCCCAUUCUGAAUUGAAGCUUAUUUGUGGGCUGAUGGUGUAUGAAACAUUCGUGGACGAGAAUA